AUAAGUGUCUGUAGAAGGGCGGUGAGGGGGGCGCGAGCCGCGGAGUCCCUCAUCCAUCCGUCCGGGAAGCAGAAACUUCCCGUACUACGGAGAACAAGCUGGAUUUAUGAAGUACUGUAGAAAAUCAGGAAUUUGACUCAUUUCAGGUGGCGUGUGGGAUUAAUCUCCGGGCGUCGUGUCUUGUUUGUGGAUUUGGAUGAUUGGGUAAAACUGGGCUGAAAGUUUCUGACAGGACUUUUCACUGAGCCCGCUGUGGAGAGUGCGCUCGCCUUUUCUGUGCGCGCGCUGGAUCGUGGCAAAUUCUAUUGUAAUGUUAAAAUCAAAAUGUCCGAACUGGGAAAAGGGCUGACACACGAUUACACACGAGACUCUUUCACUUAGUUUCAACUUUUAGCUCUUUUCCCUAACCUCGCUGGCUUGUUGGGAUUAUUUUGUUCUCUGGUGUGUAGAAAUGCUUUUGAGUUCGGUCUCCUUUCAUGAAUCUAACGCAGAGAAAUGACUGAAGCCACGGAAGUGAACGCUGCUGUGACACAUUCGCUUUAUAAAAAGGGAAGAAAGGGACGGAGCAGAUCGCGGAACAUCCUUCCUUUCCUGCGAGCGGUUAUCGCUGGACCGAGUUAGCCCAGGACUUUAGUUGACUUUCGGACACUGACUAUGGCCGCAAACCCGCUGUUCGUUGAGGCUUUCUUGCACGGCGGAGCACCGUGGGGCUUCACACUCAAAGGCGGCCUUGAGCACGGCGAACCGUUAAUCAUCUCGAAGGUAGAGGAGGGUGGUAAAGCCGAUUCUCUACAGUGCCCCCUGCUGGUCGGGGAUGAAGUGGUCGUCAUCAACGGUGUGGAGCUGACUGGGUUCAGACAGGAGGCCAUCUCUCUGGUCAAAGGAUCCUACAAAACUCUCCAACUCACUGUGCGCAGAGAGCACUGUGCAGAUUUAUGCUGUUCUGAGUCCCUCACGGCGUCACCCUGCCAUCGAGUCGAUACAAACCAAUGCAGCGGAGGAGUUCAGAUACGCAUCAAACACAGGAGCAGUGAGCCUGGGUCCCGUCCCCAUUCCUGGCAUUCCACUAAACUCGGUGACGGCCCUCUGGACUCUGACAGCAUGAUGCAGAUAUCCCAGGGUGCCAUGGGGGCUCCCUGGCACCAAAGCUACCAUACCAGUGCCUCCACCACAGACCUGUCAGCUUAUGAUGCAGGAUUUCUAAGGAAAAGUCCAGACCAGUACAGUUCAAGGGGAAGUAUGGACAGCUUAGAUCAUUCACAUCCUUCUUACAGUUCCUGCAAUCAGCUGUCAGUCUCCAAAUCCUCCAAUAGCAUUGACCACUUGCAUAGCAAACGUGAUUCUGCAUACAGUUCCUUCUCUACCAGCUCAAGUAUCCCAGAAUACCUUGCAGCUGGGCCGUCAUUUAGCAAGGAGCGCUCAUACUCCAUGGACAGUGUUCCUCAACAUAGAACUGCAGAGGGCAUGCAUCAGGCAGAUAUUCGCUAUGUCCGCACUGUUUAUGACUCUCAACAGGGCAUGUCUUCAGAGCAUGAGGUCCUUUCUGCAGCAAUCCUAAAAACUAAUGAGGGCAAAGCACAGUCUAGAUGUGGAAGCAUACAGGGCAAGGUUUGUCACCGUUCCAACAGUACCAGUGGCAGUAGCAGUAGCAGUGGAAGCAGCGCAGGUGGCACAGUUACAUCUCAUCGUCACAGUGCAGGACCAGGAUGGGGCCAAACACACAAUGGCAACUCUUUUGAAAACCUAAAGGGGGCACCCUCACCUCCCUUACGUAGUGACAGCUAUGCAGCCACCCGGAACCAUGAACGGCCCAGCUCAUGGUCCAGUCUUGAGCAGGCUCGGUCUUUGCGGGCACUUCACAAGGGUUCUUGGCAUCAUUCCAGUGGCUCUGUGGCAUCAGGAAAGGCAUCAUUUGGAAUAGAGGGUCAGCUUCACACUGUAAUCGAAAAGAGUCCUGAGAGUAGCCCAACAAUUAAACCCAAACAAAGCCUUCCACCUUUAUCACAGCCUGGAUCAGCCAUGCUACCCACUGGCAUCUACCCUGUUCCACUGCCAGAGCCCCAUUUUGCACAGAUACCAACUACAAACCCCAGCUCUAGUAGUGUGUACCCAGCACUUGCCAAGGAGAGCAAACCUAUUCCUCAGAAAGAACACUGUGGAGCAGUAGACUCUGGUGUUAGGAUGGCAGCAGAAAAUGGAUACCAAAGCAUUGCAUCAUACUCAAGUUCUGUCCAGUCGCUUGGUUUCCCACAGCCUAAGCAACCAAACCAGUUGAAAGAUGAGCCACAGACCAAAUGUGGCUAUAACAGGUCUCAUUUCCAAACACAAGGGUCCAAGCCCCCAAUGAUGUCCAUAGGCCAAGAAAGAAAGGACCCUUACACCCCUGUUCGAGAGAAACCCAGAUACUCACAUGGGAUGGAUAUUAUGGAAUCCUACAGACAACCUAGAGAGGAGGAGCCAAGCAGAUGUCAAGAACAGAAUGUCCAUCCACAACCAUCUUACUCAUCGUGUGAAGUUUUACAGGAACAUGCCCAACCUCAAGGAAGUGAUCAGAGAAUCAACACGUCAGGAAGGUUCCACAAUGAAUCCAGCACCUGUCAACAGAGGGACCAAGAUCUGGAUCAUCCGCUAACCCGACUUGAGAAUGCACUAGCAGAGGUCCAGAGAUGUGUUACCCCACAGAGCACUACUAGCCAUUGCAGCACCCAAAGUGAACGUAGCAUGUCAGUAAUGGAGAAAAUCAGUCACUUUGAGAGACAGCAGACCAAACCACGUAGUCACAGUCACAGCCAGAGCUUCUCCAAUUACAGCUCCUCAAUUUAUCCAAGUCAGGAUACCCACAGUGCCAAGAGGUCCAUGUCUGGGCUGAAAGAUUCGCAAAAAGGGUAUGCUCCUCAUGGGAGAAGUUGGAGUACCAAUGAGGGAAAUGCAGAAUCAUCACAGGAUAUGCAGCCAAGGUAUAUAAGUGCUAGCCAAGCCCAACAUAGGAAACCACAUGACCUACACCGAAGCAAGAGCUCUUUCCAACUUAAUGAGGAAAAUAGCAAAGAUAUUCAUAGAAGUAAAAGCACUUUUCACCUUGAAGAAAACAGCAAAGACAUCCAAUGGAAAGAAGACCAUCAGGACAUCUCAGUUACAGUUCCUGACACCACCUUUAAUCGAGCAUACAGAGAUAGCAUCAAGGAUGCUCAGUCCAAGGUACUGAGAUCCACCUCAUUCCGAAGAAGAGACUUGAACAUAAACCCUCCUCCUGUGCCUGCGAAGCACAUGUCCCUGGAUAGAAAGGGACCCAACAUGAUCCCCAAACCCACAACCUCUCCACACACUCCUAAAGAACGGCAUGUUAUUCCUGUUGAGUUACCAGACAAGACCAAUGCUCCUGAGCUUCCAAGAGUCCCUCCUGUGGGUCCUCCAGUUACACGAAUAUGCGGACGGAAACGAUUGACCAUGGAACAAAAGAAAUUGUCAUAUUCUGAGCCAGAGAACAUUCAUGAGGUUGGAACUUCUGAUCCAGAGUCUAGCUUAUUUCAAAAGAAGGCACCACCACAAUUCCAGCUUCCUGAGACAAGUGUUGCAGAUCGACGAAGAAUGUUUGAACUUGUAGCCACUCGUAAUGCAGGUACUAAAUUGGCUACCUCAAGACCUGACUUAAAGCAGAUGCAGCAAGAUGCUUUGGCUGAUUAUGUUGAACGCAAGACUGGUCGACGGAUGGAUGGACGUCCUCAUCGUCCUCAUAGUGCCUACAUGCAAUCGACUUCCUGUUUGCCCAUGGAUUCACAAAGCCGCACCCCCAGCACUAGCGUGGGCUCUCCUCAGGAGCCAGGACGAGAGGGUUUCUCUGAAGUUACUCGCCAGGCUUUCACUUUUACAACCAAUGCACCAUAUCCCUUGCACCCCAAUAGGAACCCCCAAACUCAGAGUCAAUCUGACAUCUAUCAGUCUGCAUUUAUACCACAGAAACCAGAAAGGCAAGCAAAGAGAACAAAUUCAAGCCAUGUUGCAGGUCCAACCCUGGCUUAUCUUCCCAGUGCCCCUGCUAUACAAAGCUUGGGUGAAGUUUUUGAAAGAGCUGUUCCAGCCAGAAGCUCAGGGAAAUCGGCUUCUGCAGAAGACCUCUUGGAUCGCAAUCAAGGCCGUCCUGUUUCUCAGCACUUCAGAUCAAAAUCCUCUCCAGCUGUGGAGAACCACAAUCUGGAUCUCUUGGCUGGAGACCUCAGAUUGUUCGGGAGUGUUCAUAAAGAAAGCAGAACAACAGGGAGUGACGCACCUGAGAAAAGGUCAUCAAGUGAAGUUUGUCUGGAGCAGAGCUCUCAGCUAAACCCUGGUCUGACUCAGCUGAACCCACCUGUGAUAAGGAGGGAGCGACAGCGCCUCUCAGACCGACCCCGAUCCCAUAGCGCCUCAGGCCUGGCAGCUUCUGUCGGAUUGCCCUGUCCAUUCUCCUCUUUAGAGUGGCAAAGUACCAAGACACAAUGCCAACCCAACCUAGAUGCCAUCACUUUCCCAGGCACUGUCCCAGAAAAUCUAUUGUCAGGAAUGGACAAUCCAAAUUCUGUCAAUGUCAACAGCUCCAAAGAAGCUCUAAAUGAUUCAGAGAAUGACCAAAAAGUCAGAGAGUCAGUCACAUCUUUCUCUUCAGCUAACAGGUCAUGCCAUUCUGGAUUGCCCACUUCUCCCAAAGCUUCCAACUCUCCCAUUAAGUCCCUCACCUCUCUCCGGAUCUCAGAGUCCAGUAUUGGCUUUGCCUCAUCUGCAGCUGUAUCACAGGAGGAGGAUGAAGUGUUUUUAUCUCCAACCUCUCCACCACUACAGCCACUCUUAAGCAGAGAAGAAAACUUUUCUGAGGAACCUUCAGUUCCCUGCCCAUCAGCCCAGCCUCAGAUAAAGGAAGAGUCCCUUGAUGUCACAGUGUCUCAAGAAUCACAGAAACUGAACAGCGUCUCUCAGCAUCUGUCUGUCACGACCUCCCACCAAGAAAGAGACGAUCAGUUGCAUAACUCCAUCUCAUCCCUGUCAGUAACCUCUGAGCCCCCUAUCACCAAUGUGGCUGCUGUGAUCUCCGAACCUGAGCCAGAAGAGCUUUUAGAAAGCCCUGAGUCACCACUGCUGGCCAGGAGAGAGCGCACGGAGGCGGAGGUCCGGGUGGAGACUCUGGCCCGGGAGCUGGUAAGCCAAGACGAGGCUCUCGCUCCUCUUCUGGACAUCUGGGCAAGCACCACUAUGCUGGACUUGAUGGAGGACAUCUUCCCUUCCUGCUCAUCUGCUCCAUGGCUACAAGGGAAGAUCAGCAGCAGUCAAGCAAGUGAAAGUGCCCAGACUGCGGUGUUUGUUGCUCCAGAGGCUCGUGUGAAAGCCACUGAGGGACGGAUAGAGACUGAUCUGGAUGAAGAAGAGACCAAAUUGAAUGAGAAGAAGGUGGAGCUCCUGCAGGCUCUGACUGUGAGUUUGGAGGCUUUGCGGAUGGAGAGAAAGAGACUGGCGGAGGAGCAGCAGUGCUACAGUGCUCUGGGCUGCAGGAUAGAGGAGCUGGUGCAGGAGCACUGCAAACCCAACGAGUGCGAGAAGUAUCGUAUGUUUAUUGGUGACUUGGAAAAAAUCGUCAACCUGCUGCUUUCCCUGAGCGGACGUCUGGCACGUGUGGAAAACGCCCUUAAUGCCCUGCAGAGGGAGACAGAGAAGGAAAGCACUGAGGAAAGGACGUCCUUGCAGCAGAAACAAAGGCAGCUGCGCAGUCAGCAGGAAGACGCACGUGAGCUGAAGGAGAACCUGGACCGCCGUGAGCGCAUCGUGCUCCAGUUCCUGGGUGGCUAUCUGAGCACUGCGCAGCUGCACGACUAUCGGCGCUACAUUCGGGCUAAACCGGCCCUGCUCAUCCGCCAACGCCACCUGGAUGAACUCAUCCGGCAGGGAGAGGAGCAAGUGUGCAGACUGACGGAGAACACAAACCACGAGCUCAAUCCACAAACAGGCUCCACCCCCUCUUCUUGUAGUGACUCCAACUCGUCAAAACCGACCACUGUGACCUCGCUCUGACUGUCCAAUAGCCCUGAAUACUGCUGACGAGAAAAAACAUGACCAUGAAAGUUAGAACGAGAGAGAGAGAGAGAGAGAGAGAGACUGUUAUUACUAUUCCAUCACCCCUCACAUGUGGGGAAGUGCCUUAAUUUAAGGAAUUCAAAACAACAUGAAGGACGAUGUUAUUUGCUUUAGCAAGUGUCAAUAGCUCAGUUUAGCAAGCACUACAAGCUAUAAAACUCCACUCUGUGCCUGUCUCGUGGAUAGAAAAAGGUUUUUUUCCUACUUCUGAUGUGAUUCAAAAUGAGUGGUAAUACACACACAAGCACACCAUUAAUAGAUAAAUCUACAGCUAAAAUGAAAAAAACAAGAACUGUCUUGAAAUUUCCUUUUUCACUCAUUUCAUUUCCUUCGAACGCCUCGAAGCCUUUCAGGUUUGCAAUAAUAACUUACGAGGAUUCUACACAGUAAUGUGUCAGAGUACAUAGAGGAGAGCUGGCACACUUGUAACACAUCCAGAUACAAGUAGAUCACUUCUUUGAUUAAAAAACAAAACUAAACAGCUGGAUCUGUACAGUCUUGCGGGACACAUUUGUGAAAACCCCCUUUUCUUCGGUUGAAGUGUCUAAUGCUAUUUUUUCCUCCAUUUUAUCUGACUGUGAGAAAACACAGGUGUGAUCUGAGGUACAGCUGCCUGAUUGUGCCGCAACAGCACUGUGUCUCAAACUGUAAGUCAUGAAAGGAUGGCAUCACUUGACAGAAAACACACACACACACGCCUAUUUUUAAAUCAUAGAAUUAUGCUUAACCCGUAGUUGCUCCCUUUUCGGGUUCGCCACCGCAGAUCAUCUGCUCAGCAUAUAUGAUUUGGCACAGGUUUUUACACCAGAUGCCUGAUACAACCCUCCUAUUUUAUCCAGGCUCGGGACACUGCCGAAUGAAUGGCAUAAAACGUUAUAAUAAUGCUUUUACUGUGAUUACUAUCAAAAAAUGGGUGAUUUCUCUUCUCGGUAUGUGGGUAAUGGACAUGCAGUGAUCUAUUGUAUCUUCCAAGUCACACUGAAAGCUCUAUCACACACAGUAAUGAAUGUAUAUAACGGUUCAACAUUGCUUUUCCUGAUGUGCAUACAGGUACAAGUUUACUGCAUGUCCUAAGCACUGUUACAACUGACACAUUAGCCGUGUCGCCUAUACAACAUUAACAAUCACUUACACCGAAAAAUCAACAAGUACAACUGUACUAGCUCUCUCUCCGACUCUGAGCUAAGAUUGCGUUAGCUAAUAUCGCUAAGUGUUUGCUCAGUCUCUGUACCACUGUAUUAAACCACUGUGAACAAGCACCAUUAUAUCGCAAUUUCUGCAGCACACACUACACAAAAGGCACCAGCAGAGCCCAAUGCACAUCUGUAUAGUACAGCGUUGAGUUUACUGAGCAUGCUGAGAGAUAAUGCUGCAACAGUUACACCACUCUUUCAAUCCUACAUCAGCAGAGCACUUCAUGACCGCUUUCUGACUUCUCCUUAUUCUAAAUGAAUUGUACACACACACACACAUUCAUGUGUGCCCACACAGUGAAAUCUGAGAACUGCUACACAAAAGCUAGCAUGGAACUUUGAAUUAUUUAUAAAUAGCCUUUAUAUAAGGAUGUGUGUAAUUUGUACAUAUGCUGUGCUAAUCUUUCCAGAUUUUGAAAGUUUGUAGUUUUUCAAGACAGAUUUGCCCAGAGUGCAUGUGUGUGUCUGUACAUAAUGUGAAAUGUUUCAGAAUGCCUAAAUAAAUGUUAUAUGGCAUUAAGUUUUUAAGAAAAAUGUUCAAAAUCAACACUUCUGAAAAAAAUUAUAUUUUUGACAGAAUAUUUGCUACUUCCCAUAAAUAUCAAUUGGAAAUGAAUAUUUAAACUACAGUGGUUGCUUUCUCUUGAUAAAUGCUGAUACUGAAAACAUUGUCUCUCUUUAAUCCCACGAAUGUUUGCAGUGUUUCUUUUGCAUUUUUUAUUAUAUUUUCACUCUGGAACCCUGUACAGAUACAUGUAAAACACACUCUACUGACCACUGUAUGAACGUGCACACCGAUACAGGUACCACCGACGCUUCACUUUCAUUGCCUUAUGAUAGAAGUAGAACUUCAGUCUGAGCUUGAGCUGAAGCCGACCGCUUCAAGACUUUUGUUUGUUUUGUUUGUUUCUUGUUAAUGGAUCGUGUGUGGAAACAGUAAUGAGAAAAGCACAGAUACAUUUUACAAAUAAAUCUGUUGUGUAAAAGA